UAUACAUUUGUUAUUAUCAACUACGGAGAAACCCGAUAAUUCUUCGAAUAUUUUCGAGAUCCGGUGCUUUCCAUGUGACAAACACGUUGGCAUUUGAUUAUUUUUAUUAUUGACAACUUAUUUUUAUUUAUUUAUAAGUACCUUAAUUGGAUUCAAUGUGAUAUAACAUUAUAACUAUCAUUAAAAUGACAAAUAGUCAAGGCUAAAGUUUGAGAGACACGCCUUGGCAACACAGCAACUUUUUUUUUUUUCUCAUUAAUUUUUAAUAAAUAAGGAAAAGAAGAUUUUGUAUAUUGUCAAUGAUAAUUUAUCAUUCUUUGAAUAUCAGAUAUGUCUCUAAUACAAGGAAUCAAAUGGGCCAUCUUGUUAUUCAUUUUAUUGAGUGGUAUAUUUUUUGAAGCACCAUUAAAUGUUCAAUCAUUUAAACUCAAUAUUUUGCACACAAAUGAUAUGCACUCCAGAUUUUUGGAAACUUGUAUAAAUAAAAAUACAUCAAAUGAAAAAUGCUAUGGUGGAUUUCCUCGUCUUGUAACUCUCAUAAAUCAAGCAAAGAAGUCUGAUAAUUCAACAAUAUUUUUAAAUGCUGGUGAUACAUAUCAAGGUACUUACUGGUUUACAAAAUACAAAUGGGAAGUUGUUGCAAGAGGCUUAAAUAUGUUAAAACCUGAUGCAAUGUGUCUUGGAAAUCAUGAAUUUGACAAUGGUAUAAAUGGGCUUAUUCCUUUUCUUGAAAAUGCAUCAUAUCCUGUACUUGCAGCAAACUUGGAUUUAACAGAAGAACCUGAAUUAGCUGUAACUGGAAUAAAAAAUAGUACAAUCCUAACAGUAAAUGAUUAUAAAAUUGGCAUAAUUGGUUAUCUGACAAACCAAACAAAACUAACUUCUAGUUCUAGAAAUGUCAAGUUUCUUGAUGAAGUUACAGUGAUUCAAGAAGAAGCUAAUAAACUUAAAGCUGAUGGUAUAGAUAUUCUGAUAGCAUUGGGUCACUCUGGCUACAAACUGGACAAAAUAAUUGCUGAACAAGUUGAUGGUAUUGAUCUUGUAAUUGGUGGCCAUUCACAUACUUUUUUAUACAGUGGAAAUCAGUCAAAUUAUGAUACACCUGAAGGACCAUAUCCAACUAAAAUCAAACAAAAAAAUGGUAAAAUUGUUUAUGUUGUCCAGGCUUCAGCUUACACCAAGUACAUGGGACAUGUUGUCGUUAAUUAUGAUGAGAAAGAAAAAAAAGUAAUAAAUAUUACAGGAAGUCCAAUUUUAGUUGAUGAUAGCAUUGAAAAUGACAAAGAUGCUGUGGCUGAAUUUGAAGAAUUUCGUUUGCCAAUAAAAGAUGUAGAAGAAAAAAUUGUUGGCUCUAGUUUAGUUCUCCUUGAUGGAAAAUUAAAAAAUUGUCAACUUAAAGAGUGUAACUUUGGAAAUCUUAUAACUGAUGCGAUGAUUGACUAUGCAAAUAGACAAGAUAAUUUGACUGGAAAAUGGAAAUAUCCAUUAGUUGCAUUUGUAGGAGCCGGCUAUAUUCGAGAUUCUAUUGAUCAGCUUCCAAGUCAUAAGAUAACAAUGGGUGAAGUUUUAACAGUUUUUCCAUUUGUUGAUACAGUUUUACUUGUUGAAAUUCCUGGUAAACUACUUCUCGAUGCACUCGAAUGGAGUGCAUAUAACGCUUUUAAAUCCAACUAUGCUUUUCUGCAGUUAUCCGGUAUCAAGGUGACAUAUAAUUUAGGAAAUCCUUUUGGUUCGAGAGUUAUUUCAGCACAGGUACGUUCUUUUAAAGGACGAAUUCCCCACUUUGAAGAUAUUGACAAGGAUAAAAAUUAUACUACAAUUACCACAGAUUAUAUUCAUACUGGUGGUGAUGGUUACACAAUGUUUAAAAACUUAGAAUGGUAUUCAUUGAAUAUAACAGGAGCUGAAGUUCUUGCUCAAUAUUUACAAAUACACAGCCCUGUGUAUCCGGGUAUUGAAUCAAGAAUUAACUUUGUUUCUACUCAAAACUCAACUAACAAUUAAUCAAAGCAAUCUUUGUUUUUUUUUUGCCUUAAAAAUUACUAAUCUAUCGUACAAUUUAUUAAGAAAAAAUAAUCUAUUUUUUAAUACUAAAAUUUAUUGGAAGAGAUAAUUUGAAUUUAAAAUCAUAAAAAACUUGAUUUAUUAUUAUUAUUAUUAUUAAAUAGAAAAAGUUUUAAUCGUUCAUACUGACAUUGAAAGCUUGUCAAUAAAUUUUCCCAGGUAUUCCCAUGAAAAUCCUGGAUGAACUCACAGUAUCGAUAUUCCAAUUUAACAGAUAUGUCCUUGGCCGAAAGUCAUAAUACAAAUUUCAAUAACACUUUGAUGAAAUAUUAUUUAAUAUUGCAAGUAUUUCUAUGAAACAGAUAAAUGAUUCUCAUGAUUAGCAUUGACUUGAUUAUAGUCAAGGUUUAUCAUUCAUUAAUAUAUUUACAUUCGUAGGAAUUCAAUUGAAUAAAAAAAUUAAUAAAUACGAUA